AGCCCUCAUCCCUCCUCCUUCUCUCCUUCAUCCCUCCUCCUUGGUCUCCGGAUCAAGUCCCCGGAUCCUCCGCAGCUUGUCUCCACUUCGAGCCUCCACACAGGCUCAGCUAACCGGCGCGGAUCCGAGCGAGCACCCGGAGUAAUGUGAGCGAACCCCCGCAGCUUCAGCCACCGACAGUCGCUCGAACGUCCCUACCGCUGCAAGGAAGAGGAGGAGUAAGAGGAGGAGUUCAUUUACCGGGUCGUCACCCGUCGUUACCCGCUCACAAGACCGACUCGGCUGCCGGUAAGGAAGUGAAGCUCCGACCCUUUAGCACCGCUAGCAUUGGAAGUGUGGUUAGCCUGCUAAGCUAGCCGCUAGCUCCAGAACACCGUCACUCGGCUAGCGAGCUAACUCGGCUAGUAGCCGACAAUAGAGCAGCGUGUACCGGCGUGGGAAACGAAACGCUAGUCGGUGAUAACGAACAGCUCAAAACGAAGAGAUGCCUCAGAAACAGAAAUCCCGGCGCUCCUGGUUGGAGUUGAAACAAGCUGGAAACGAGCGCUUCAAGACGGGUCAGUAUGGAGAGGCCAGCGGGCUGUACAGCGAGGCCAUCCGGGAGCUGGAGAAGGCCAGUGAAAAGAAGCCGGAGGAUUUGGCCAUUUUGUACUCGAACCGUGCAGCCAGCUACUUGAAGGAAGGGAACUGUGCAGAGUGUGUGAAGGACUGCAACAUGUCUCUGGAGCUGCAGCCGUUUAACGUGAAGUCUCUGCUUCGCCGUGCGGCUGCGUCUGAGGCGCAGGAGCGAUACCGGCUGGCGUACGUGGACUACAAGACGGCUCUGCAGAUCGACUGCAACAUCGCAGCCGCUCACGAGGGAACCAACAGGAUGUCGAAGGCGCUCACAGAGUCGGACGGUCCCUCAUGGAGAGAAAAGCUUCCUCCCAUCCCCACGGUUCCUCUGUCCAUCAGAGAGAAGCUCAACCAGCACACGACAAACAACAUCCUGAUACCAACCCAGGCCCAGCAACAGAACGGCAGCAGGGAAGCAAAGAAAAAGGCUCCCAGUGAGAAGAACGUGAAGAAAGCUCAGGCCCAGAAAGAAGAAGGUAACGCUCUGGUGAAGAAAGGAGAGUUCAGAAAGGCCAUAGAGAAAUACAGCCAGAGCAUCAAGAACAACCCCACUGAGAUCACCACCUACACCAACCGGGCGCUGUGUUACCUGUCAGUGAAGCAGUACAGCGACGCUGUCAGAGACUGUGACGACGCUCUGAUGAUUGACAGCGGCAACAUCAAGGCUCUCUACAGGAGAGCUCAGGCUCACAAGGAACUCCAGGAUCCGACGUGUGUGGACGACCUGAACAACCUGCUGCACGUGGAUCCAAAGAACGUGGCUGCACUGAAGCUGCUGGAGGAAGUGCAGAUGAUGAAGUGAGGAAGCAUCAGGGCGUGCGGAGGCAGCGGAGAGGACGACGGGUUAAAGGUGUUUUUAUAAGAGUCGUACAGCAGCCGAGCCGCGGCGCCACUCAAACGGCAGAACGUGCGUUUCCCAAAAGCUCCUUCACCCUGAACUCGUGUUCACUCUCAAACAUAAGUUCGGACUCGAGACGCUUCUGGAAGAAGAGGAGAAGCGACGCGGCCGCGUUCAGCCUCGGGAACACUGACCAGUUCAAGUUAAAAAACAAAAAGUAUAGACACACACACGAUAACUGCAACUAUGAAACAUGUAAAAUGAAGUUCAGUGCUAAAGCUCGGUCAUCACGAAAAAACUUCAGCACUGAAAGUUCAUCCUUCUUAUUUACAACCUGAGAUAUUAAAGUAUUUCCUCAAGUGCAACAAAACUGACGGCUCAUACGUUUAUAUUCGUGCAGUCUCAUUAUUCCACAUCAGUUGUGGGUUCGAGGGAAACUGGGACAUAAAUUAACUUAAUUAAUAUUGAAAAGUUCAGAAAUCAGUCAUUUUGAUCGACAAUCAGUCAAAAACAAAACCCAUUGAAAGUAGAUCAGAGUCUUCACAGGUGAGAAGCUGUAACAGAAGAAAAGUUCGAGGUUUUUUGCUUUUAAAAAUUUACAAAACCUGCGUUAAUGUAUUUACAUGAAUGUUGCUCCACAAGUUGGAUCCUUAUUGCUGCUGAUUUCUGAGAAGAACCAAAUGAGAAUAAAUUGUUGGAGCCUGACACAUUAAACAGUAAAACAAAUUACAGCCUUAUUAGCAGAAAUAAAUACCAAGAUGUUUUCAAAACUCUUAAGACAAGGAAAUUAAAUAGAUUGUAUUUGGCUUAAACUAUGAACGUUUUAAUAAAUAACUUAAAACAAAAAGACAAAAUCAAAUAUUUAGAAGUUGAGUUCAGAAAAUGAGAAGAAAUGCAAGUCCCCCCCCCCCCCCACACUGUAUUUAUUCUGUAAUCGACAAACAAAAGCAGAAACUGAUUCGUCUGUGAAAAGAUGAAUCAGCUGGAAACUACUGAAGGAAACAAUCAUGUUCAAACAUUGGUGUCAAUAACGGUUUAUUCCAUAUUUCAUUUACAAGCCAGUUUUUUCACACGAGUUAUUUAUCCUACGUUUGUUUUUUUCUGAGGUUUUGAUUUCAUGUGAGAGUUUGACAUUUUCUCCAAGUUGCGAUCGCACUUUGAUUUUCACGUAAACAGACUAAAACUGGUAAAUGCAACAUUAAAAUGGCCGACGCAGCAUCAGUCUUUAGUCGUUUACUCAGUUUGCACAUUGAUUUCAAAGCGUCAGUCCAGCCCGUCCUCUAGCGCCACCUGUUGUGCUCUACAGGAAGUGUUCUCAGCUUCCCUCGUCGGUCCCAAUCCUCCGUUUCACUCGUUUCAUUCAUUAGAAUUAAAGCAUCAGUUUGUUCCGGUUCUGUGUGAACGACUCAAACACGUUUUCAGACGUGUCUUCAUCCAAUGUACUGUCUGAGUUUUUCUCUUUGUUCUAUUGUGAAAUAUGUGUGGGCUGCUCUGGAUCUAGUUUCCUCGGAUCUGUUCAAGUAUCAAACAUCAAUUUAUGUCUCAGAAACCGAAGGAAGACAAAAUGAAAGGCCCUGAAGUUUACGAGGAGGAGGAACAUAUCUGCGUCUGUUGGUGUUUGAAAGAGUCGAGACGCUGCGCGGUGGGAAAAUGUUCACGUUAGAGAUUCUUGGUUUUAUCACAUUUCUGUUCUUGUAACUUGUUCAACCUGCUUCUGUUUUAACUGCAAAUAAAGUGCAAAGAUCUGAA